UGGAUUACGCUCGUCUGGGGCAAAGUGAGCUGCUGCCUCCUUUCUCCCCCGCAUGACGUCCAGGCCGCCCUCACCGCCGCACAUCUGACAGUUGUAAGCAGUACCCAAAAUGGAUUCAGUAGAAGUGUGGGUGAAGGAACGGCUCCACGAUGUCCUGGGUAUGAGUGAUCGGCAUGUGGCGCAAUUCCUCAUUGGCACCGCCAGGCGAAGUUCAAGCUCCACAGACUUCUUAAGCCGCUUGAAUGACACCGGAGCCGUCGACGUGACCGACAAAGUGCGCAGCUUCGCCGAGGAGCUGUGGGGGAAGCUGCCCCGUAAAGCCCUAGUCGAGCGCCCAGCCAGAGCUGCCGAAAGAGAAGCUUUAGCAAUGCAGCAGAAGAACAAGUCUUAUACUAUGCUGGAAGACAGCGACGAAGAGGAGGAGAAGGUCACGAGCAGAGACGAGAAGAAGGGAAAGAAGAAACAUCUGAGGAAGAGGAAAAAAGAGGAAUCAUCGGACAGCGAAAAUGACCGAGCACAGAAUGAGAAGGUGCCGUCACCACAGGUCAUCUCUGAUGAUGAGGAGGAGCGUGAGGAGCAGGCCAGGUUGAAGGACCUGGAAGAGAGAGAUGCCUUUGCUGAGAGGGUAAAGCUGAGAGAUAAGGAAAAGACCAGGAACAUUGUGGAGAGAUCGGAUAAGAAGGCUUACGAAGAAGCACAGAAGAGGCUCAAAAUGGCAGAGGAGGAUCGUAAAAAAAUGGUUCCAGAGUUACGUAAAAAGUCUCGCAGAGAUUAUCUCGGGAAAAGAGAGAAGGAAAAGCUCGAGGACCUGGAAGCGGAGAUAGUAGAUGAGGAGUAUUUCUUUGUGGAAACCGAGUUGACGAAGACAGAGAAGAAAGACCUUGAGUACAAGAAAAAAGUCAGGGAUUUGGCCAAAGAGUACAAGAAAGCCGGAGAGAAGGAGCGCAUGGAAAAACACGACCGUUACUUCAUGCCUGAGGAGACUAGGAGUAAAAAAAUUCCAGAUCGGUACGAGGAGCCAGUGAGUGAAGAGCGUUUUGCUCCUCGGGAAGAACAGAGGCGAUGGGAGGAGGAACACAUCGGUGCCGCGGCUUUAAAAUUCGGCGCAAAAGAUGCCCAUGCGCGUGGUCAGAAGGAAUAUGACUAUGUAAUGGAGGAAGAUGAGGUGAUACAGUUUGUCAGCGCCACGCAAAUGAAGGGGACUGUGGAGAAGGAGGAUGAAAAUGAAAAACUAUUAUCUGAGCUGGAGAAGAAGCAGCUGUCCAUGCAGGAAGUGAGGCGCAGUCUUCCUGUCUUCCCCUAUCGCUCAGAUCUUCUCCAAGCUAUUGGUGAGCAUCAGAUCCUCAUCAUAGAGGGAGAGACUGGAUCUGGCAAGACGACACAGAUUCCCCAGUACCUGCAUGAAGAAGGUUACACUCAUAAAGGAAUGAAGAUCGGGUGCACUCAGCCUCGGAGAGUGGCUGCCAUGAGCGUAGCCGCUCGUGUCGCGCAGGAAAUGUCUGUGAAAUUAGGCAAUGAGGUUGGAUACAGUAUUAGGUUUGAGGACUGCACAUCUGAGCGCACGGUCCUGAAGUACAUGACGGACGGGAUGCUGCUCCGUGAAUUUCUCACCGAGCCAGACUUGGCCAGCUACAGUGUAGUUAUUAUAGACGAGGCUCACGAACGGACCCUGCACACAGAUGUACUCUUUGGCCUCAUCAAAGACAUUGCCCGUUUCCGCCCAGACCUCAAAGUCCUGGUGUCCAGUGCGACCCUCAACACCGAGCGCUUUUCUUCUUUCUUCGAUGAUGCUCCCAUUUUCCGAAUCCCUGGCCGACGGUAUCCUGUAGAUAUUUACUACACCAAGGCACCAGAGGCUGAUUACUUGGAGGCGUGCGUGGUGUCCGUCCUGCAGAUUCAUGUCACACAGCCGACCGGAGACAUCUUGGUCUUUCUGACUGGACAGGAGGAGAUCGAGGCCUGCUGUGAAAUGUUACAAGAACGCUGUCGAAGGUUGGGUUCCAAGAUCGCAGAGAUGCUGAUUUUACCAAUAUACGCCAACCUACCGUCUGACAUGCAGGCCAAGAUAUUUGAUCCUACCCCACCCGGAGCAAGAAAGGUCGUCGUAGCCACUAACAUUGCAGAGACAUCACUGACCAUCGAUGGGAUAAUUUACGUCAUUGACCCCGGAUUCUGCAAGCAGAAAAGCUACAAUGCUCGUACAGGGAUGGAGUCCCUCAUUGUCAUUCCCUGCUCAAAGGCAUCUGCCAACCAAAGAGCAGGGAGAGCCGGCCGUGUUGCUGCAGGGAAGUGUUUCCGAUUAUAUACCGCAUGGGCGUACAAAAACGAAAUGGAAGAUGCAACUGUACCAGAAAUCCAGAGAACUAACCUGGGAAAUGUGGUUCUGCUGCUGAAGAGUUUGGGUAUUAACGAUCUCAUUCACUUUGACUUCAUGGACCCCCCACCCCAUGAGACGCUGGUCCUAGCGCUGGAGCAGCUGUAUGCCCUGGGGGCCCUUAACCAUCUGGGGGAGCUUACCAAGCUCGGGAGAAGAAUGGCCGAGCUCCCCGUGGAUCCCAUGUUGUCCAAGAUGAUUCUGGCUUCUGAGAAAUAUGGGUGCUCCGAGCAGAUUCUGACCAUCGCCGCCAUGUUGUCUGUCAAUAAUGCAAUCUUCUAUCGACCAAAGGACAAACUGGUUCAUGCAGACACCGCACGUGCCAACUUCACGGUGCCCGGGGGAGACCACAUGGUACUGCUUAAUGUGUACACACAGUGGGUAGAGACGGGUCACUCUCUACAGUGGUGCUAUGAGAACUUCAUUCAGGCUCGUUCCCUCCGCCGCGCCCGUGAUGUCCGAGAGCAGCUUGAAGGACUCAUGACGCGGAUAGAAAUUGAGUUGAAGUCCUAUGAAGAGGACACCGUGCCAAUACGCAAGGCAAUCACAGCCGGGUAUUUCUACCACACCGCCAGGCUUACCCGCAGUGGAUACAAGACCGUGAAACAGCAGCAGUCUGUAUUCAUCCACCCAAACAGCAGCUUACACGAGGAUCAGCCCCGCUGGGUCAUAUACCACGAGCUGGUCUUCACCACCAAGGAGUUUAUGAGACAGAUCAUUGAAAUCGACAGUUCCUGGCUCCUCGAGGUGGCACCACAUUACUACAAGUCCAGGGAACUGGAAGAUGCAAGCAGUAAAAAGAUGCCUAAACAAGCAGGAAAGAGCAAAGAGGAACUCGGCUAAAUGGCGGCCAUGUUUUAAUUCUAGAACUCAGGAAGAACGGCUGGAGGAGAUGCCUGGUCAGCAGCAGCCUGGCAUGGGUUAUACGUGACACAUAUCUGUACAGCUCUUGUAUAUAAAAGUUCUCAUUUUGGAUACAAUACACGCUUCUGUCUCUUGUA